CGUAGCUGCUCUUCGAGAAGGGUUGCACGCGGUGAGCAAAGUUGAACUUGCCGCAACUGACACUCGCGUAUCUGUACACGCGUCGUACUAUCUUAACGGCUGAUCGAGAGUGCGUCUUGCGCGUACCUAACCUACAGUGCACGGCAUGGCUUUGGAAGAGGCUUUACGGCGUUGUUACCCUGUCCUGGAAAUAGAAGACGACAUGAAGCGGCAGACUGUCGAGGAUGUCGUUCGCCCAUUCGUCCUCGACCCCGACACGGUGCGCAAGGUGCGGGACACGUUCCGGAGAGAGAUGGAGCUCGGCCUGCUCACGAACCCCGAGCGGCCCUCGUCUCUUCAGAUGGACGUGGCCCACAUUCCCGAACUCCCGGACGGCACGGAAACGGGAGACGUGUUAGCUCUGGACUUGGGCGGAACCAACUUUCGAGUACUGCACCUCCAUCUGACGCCCGGGAGCCCGGCUAGGUGCCGAGUGCAGCACUACGCUGUGCCGGGUGCUGCGAGAACUGGUCCCGGAGAGCAGCUGUUCGAUUUCUUGGCAGACUGCCUACGCGACUUCGUGGAGGCGAACGGAUUGGCGGGGCAGCGGCUUCCAUUGGGUUUCUGCUUCUCUUUCCCGAUCGUACAGAAAGCGCUCGACGCUGCCGUACUGACCGAGUGGGUUGUGAGCUACGACUGUUCGGGAGUGGUGGGUGAGGACGUUGGCCGCAUGCUCAGGGAGGCCAUACGCAGGCGCACAGACAUUGAGGUAGACCUCGUGGCCAUCGUCAACGAUACUGUGGGCACGCUUGUUCAGGGGGCUUUCAUGGACUGCGGCUGCGCGAUAGGACUUAUCAUGGGUACAGGAAGCAAUGGCUGCUACCUUGAGAAAACCGAGAAAAUCCAGAAGAUUGAGGCGGAGCCUGAGAGUAGGAAGAGAAAGGACGCACCCACUGAGGUUAUCGUCAAUGUCGAAUGGGGCGCUUUCGGCGACAACGGCGUGCUCGACUUCGUCAAGACGGAGCUGGACAGAGUAGUGGACGACCAAUCACUUUUCCCCGGUUCGUUCACAUUCGAGAAGCUCCUGUCGGGGGAGUUCCUGGGUGACAUCGUUCGCCAAAUACUCGUCGAACUCGUCCGGCGACGCGCACUCUUUGGAGGUGACGAGACCACGGUGCUGGAGCUUGAGAAACAUGGGACCUUCACGGCCGUAGACGUGUCGCGGUUUCUCGAGGAGGAUGACACUCACGCUCGCGAGACAGUGCCUCGUUUUAUGGGGAGCACAGAACCGAUACCCGAAGACGACAUCACCUUAAUUCGCCACGUCUGCGGCGUGGUUUCGGUGAGGGCGGCCGUGCUAGUGUCGGUUUGCCUGGCAGAACUGCUGGAACGGGUGGACAAACCGACGCCAGUGACCAUUGCCGUCGACGGCUCUCUGUACAAGUACCAUCCGAGGCUGCGCGGGCACUUGGAGGAGCUGAUCACAACACUGGUGCCGGAGAGGCCUUUCAAGCUUAUGUUGGCCGAGAACGGUAGCGGGAAAGGAGCGGGACUCGUGGCCGCUGUGGUGGAACGGCUCCGAUCCACGAAGAAAAAUGGGUACCGUGAAUCGAGAUAGGGCUUUUUGUGUAGUUGUGUACUGUGAUCAUGUGCUUCAC